AUGUCUUUCCUUCAUGGAGUUUUAGAUAACAUUCAUCCUAAAUUAGGCUUACAUAAAAACACUUUAGAUACCGCACUUAACUCACUUAAAGACACAAAUCUUAAUGGUAUUGCUAAAUACAAGGCGGCGAUAGCCGCGGUGGCCGAUGGUGUACAUGACUAUAAUGAGAGAGUGGCAGCGUCGAAUGAGAGUGUUAGUGAUGUUAUUACUACAUUGCGUGAUAGUGUUGGACAGACUUUAACAGAUAAGUUGAAUGCCAUAAAUGAAAAUAAUGUUUCUCAGGACGCUGACCUUUCCAGUGCUGUGAAGUCGGCGGAGGCCUUGGUCAAGACGUAUGCUUCUAAAGGUACGGAUUUCAAAAAUGAUUUUCGUGAUAAAAUAUAUGACGAUUCCAGAGACGCUUCGAGUGGUAGACGCGCCGAAUACAGAAACGGCCUGCGUGUUAACAGGCCUGUGAAGUAUGAAGACAAGGAGGAUUUUAAGGACCUGAAUGCUGAGUUAAGAUUAAAAAUAGAGACGGCGAUCGAUAAUAUUGUUCAUGAAGGUAAGCGUCUCGGUGAACUGUCGGCCAAGGAAAAAACAGACUUGGGGGAAAUGAUUCAAACGAUCAAUGAUUCUUUGGGUGGGCUAAAGAGAUGUGUGACUAAGAAAAUUAAUGAGGAUGUUAUGGCUCUUGUUCGGCAGGUGAAGGAGAAGGUUACAGGAAUUUUCAAAUUGCUUAAGGAGAUUGAAAGGAAGCUGCGGGAUUAUUUGGAAGCUCUACGAAAGUGGAUUAACGAGACGGACAUUGAUGUGGAUGAGGCAAUGAAGGAGGUGAAAAGAUUGCGCAUAAAGAUGCAGAAAACAAAAGAAUUGAAAGAGAAGGGUGAAUAUGUUUUCGAGCAAUUUGAGAAUGCGAAGAAUCAAGUUGCUACUAAUGUAAACGCCGCGCUCCAGGCCGUGAAAACGAUGGACGCGCAGCUGAAGCAGGAUUUGUUUGGGGUGAGGGGGGAGAUAAAAGGGAAGGUGGAGGAGAUUAAUAGGAAGAUUGGGGAGCUUGGGGAGGUGUUUAGUGAUCAAAAAGGCACUCCAAAAAACAUUGAUGAGGUGUUUGACAAGAUUAGGAAUAAGGUUAUUCAAAUUAAUGGGCAGGCGGGAGAUAAUGAUGCAUUUGCCAUGGGAUUCGAGGGCAUUAAAAAUGUUAAAGGAGUAUGCGGAGGGGUUUAG